UUGAAAAUUAAAAUGUUAUUUUCUAUGUGAUUUUUGCGUAAAAAAUCGUAAAGCAAAUAUAUGAAUGUGUUUUAAGCAUUCUAAAACCUCAAAUUGAAAUCUGAUGAUGAAUUUGCACUAGUUUUUAUACAGAAUCACGCUAAAAAUCGCAAUUAAUUCAACAAAAACUUUUCUCCUAAUCUGAAAAAUGAAAACAAUAUUUUGUAUAAUUACUCCAGAAUUGAACAAAUACGAUAAAAUAAUACUCGAAGAAGACUGCUUGGAGCACCAAAACAAAUUUAGCCUGAAACACCAUCAAAAACCAUUCAAAUCAUUAAAAAUCGAUUGUGCAUUUGUACAUUAUUUUGUUAGAGAGCUCAGUUUAAGUUAUUUUUAUCGGAACUGUGUUAUAGAAAACCUUUUGAAUUGGAAAGGACCUGAUUUGUUAAUGUUAGUUCCUACUAAAAAGAAUUUAAUAGAUUACAAUUGGAAUGAUAGAUUAAAUGAAUUAGUAAGAGAAAGGUGUGAAGUGGACCAUGCACUUAGUUGGCUAUCAACUUUAGGCGGUGCCUUUUCAGCUCUAGGCGAUUAUUUUGAGAAUUGUGCAGAAACUGCAGGAAAAAUUUCUUUUCACCAACUAAAAUUAGCUAUGAGAAUUGAUGAUCCCAAUAUACAAUCCAGAUGUCGUCUGUAUUUAAGUUUGAGCUUAAUUCAAAAAAAGAAAUACCGUUUGGCUUCAAGGAUUGUUCGAACGGAGUUUCAGCUUGCCAGAAAUCAAACUGUGGUAGAUAGUAGACUAGUUAAAAUGUGUAAAGGUAUUUGGUCCAAGUUGCAAUAUGAACAUGGGUUGUAUAGGAAAAAUAGGGUAAUAAAAAGAUGAGGUGUUUCA